ACAAGAUGACAGGUGGGCAUCCAAACUACAUGAAUCUCCUCUCUUAUCCAAUCCCACUCAGAGCUUCCAAAGAGCAGAAGAAGAAAUCUCUACAAUGGCUGUAAAUGCUGUAAAUGCUGUAAAUCCCACUCCAUUACGCCUCCCAUCAGCCAUUCCCACUGGGAAAUGGAUUUCCAAUGCCAGAGUUUGCCUCCCCAGAAAACCCCCAACUCAAUCUACUUCCUCUUUCAACAAGAGCUUCAGAUCUUGUUCCAAUUUCUCUCUCAAACCUUCUUCUUCUUCUUCCCUUGCUUCAGUUGGAAAUGCAGGAUAUGUGGAGGAACCUUCAACCAAUGUGAAAUUUUCGACGUCCUUGACUCUACCGGGCUGCUCGACUUCGCUGUCGUUGCUCGGAACAGGUUACAGAGAGAAAGUUUUUGCAAUCAUUGGUGUUAAGGUCUAUGCUGCAGGACUAUACACCAAUUCAUCCAUCUCAAACGAAUUAAACGCUUGGAGGGGUCGAUCGGCUGCUGCAAUUCAGGAGGAUUCUUCCUUGUUCAAUAUAAUUUUUCAGUCUCCUUCAGAAAAAUCUUUACAGAUUGUUCUCGUCCGAGAUGUCGAUGGCAAAACAUUCUGGGACGCCUUGGACGAUGCCAUUUCUCCAAGAAUCAAAGCACCAACACCGGUCGAUGAAUCUGCAUUAUCUACCUUUCGUAGCAUCUUCGAGGGGCGGUCUCUUAAAAAAGGAACCUUUAUAUUCCUGACUUGGUUGGAACCUCCAAAGAUGCUUGUUAGCAUCUCAGUUGACGGCCCACCGACAGGAAUAGAAGCUACAAUCGAAUCAAACAAUGUGACUUCAGCUCUUUUCGAUGUUUUUUUCGGGGACAAUCCUGUUUCUCCUACUUUGAAGGCUUCUGUUGCAGCUGGAUUGUCUGCAGUUUUGAAAUAGGACCACGAUUGUCUUGUUCUUAUUAGUUUGAAUGAACAUUUGGAUAAGGUUCCACCAAACAAAUUACAAAUGCGAGAUCACAAUAAGUGUAUAAUACAUUUUAGAGAAGGAACCUACUCAAGAAUCUGUUACAAUGCUACUUGACUUUAGCUGCUCAAGCACUUUGACGACCUCUGCCAUUGUCGGUCGCCGAGCAGGUUCUGGUUCAAGGCACUUCAGUGCAAUGCUAAAUACGACAUUAACCUCGUCGACUGGAAAAGAGCUCAAACUUCUGUCAAGUACAUAUUCUUCCCUUUUCUCCUGAACAACUGUUUUCACCUGACAUUUAGAUGACACUAUGAAAGUCAGACAAGGAAUAGCUUAUUGUUCAGCUGUCUGUUCUUUUUUUAUGAAUAAUAUAUGUCCAAUUUUUAGCA